AUGUCGAUUUCCCAAGUUGACUUCUUUCGUACUACUUCAUACCUUGUUGAUGUCAACCUCACAAAUUUGAGUGAUUUCGCGACAUUAGACGACUACAUCAGAGAUGAACGAGCAUCAUUAGCAUCGAUGCUCGCGACCAUGGAAAGUGUUGUUGCCGAGAUCAAUCAUGAAGAUAUGGCAGACCUUUUUGGCGGGAACAAUCAUGAAGAUAUGGCAGUCCUUGGUGCCGGGAUUAAUCAUGAAAAUAUGGCAGUUGUUGAAGGGAUCAAUAAUGAAGAUGUAGCAGUUCCUGUUGACGGGAUCAAUCAUGAAGUUCCCGAUGUUCUGCCAAAUUUUAAGAGGAUAACUGCUGACGAAUGCGAUGAGAUAUGUUCGAUCUGCCUAGAUGACGUUACGGAAAACAUUAAUUGUGUUUUGAGUUGCAACCAUGGCUUUCACGAGAUUUGCUUACGAAGGUGGUUCCAGAGGAAACGGUCAUGCCCGCUUUGUCGUUUCGAUUAUUCAAGCUAG